CACUGCAAGAAUGGCUUCCUGUCUCAUCUCUGUCCCUGCUCUGUGAGCGAUGAAACUUUACCGCUGUGCGUAAUACACAAAGUAAACACGCAGAACCGGACAUAGAGGCUUCGAGAGCGGCGCAGCGGUGCCCGAGGGCUCGCCAUGCUGCUGUCUCAGCUGCCAGAGGAUCUUCUCUAUUACAUCUUAUCUUAUUUGGACUACAGAUCCCUCAGUCGCCUCUCUCAAGUUUGUAGAAGCUUUUACCGCUUUGUAAACCGGGACGCUGUUUGGAAGAAGAUUGCUAAAGCUCUUUUAAACACGGGCAUUACUCGGGAGGGGAAGGACAUAUAUCCUCUCAUACGCCUGAAGGACAGAGUGAAGAUUGCUCAAAACUGGUACAGCGGGAUCUGCAGAAGAAGAAUUCCUCUGAGAUGGAAAACUAAACUGUUACCAUGGUUACAGCUGGACGGGGACACUCUUUUUCUGUCUCAGGCUGCUGACAUAAAGGUGUACCAUAUCCACAAAGACUCGGGGAGACUCCAGCGUAGUCUGUUUGAAGUCUACUCGGGCCACAAGGGUGACGUCUGUCGCUUCGUUCUCACAGAUUCGCUCCUGAUCAGCGGUGGAAGUGACGGGAAGAUCGUCGUCCACAGCAGGAGAAGUGAUGUGCCAGUGGAGUUCUCAGGUCAUAACCAGGAGGUCAACUGUGUGGAUGCUAAAGACGGACUCAUCAUCAGCGGCUCCAGAGACCGGACAGCCCGGAUUUGGAGUUUGACUUGCACCGCUCCCAGAGAUACAAUUCCCAUGUGUGACAGAGUGUGGUCCGUGGCUAUUAAUCCCACACUGAGCUCCUUCGUCACAGGCACUGCAUGCUGCGAGAACUUCUCCCCUCUCUGCAUCUGGGAUGUUGAACGAUCGAUAUCCUUAGGCACUCUGGGCUCAGACUUUCGUCGUGGUGCCGGUGUGCUGGAUAUCAGGUUUGAGUCUCCGUUCCAGCUCUUCACCUGUGGUUAUGAUACCUUUAUUCGACUGUGGGACCUUCGACUCUGCCCAAGGAAGUGUGCAAUGGAGUGGGAGGAGCCUCAUGAUAGCGCGCUGUACUGCAUCCAGACAGAUGGAAACCACAUGAUAGCCAGCGGUUCCUCAUAUUACGGUGUUGUACGUCUUUGGGACAAACGGCAGACUGAAUGUCUGCAGUUUUUCCAGUUGAGCUCGGACCCUGUGAGCAGCCCGGUGUACUGCCUGAGGUUCAACAGCUCCCACCUGUAUGCAGCCUUGGCCACUGCUGUGCAUUCGCUGGACUUCAGACAGAAUGGCACCCAGAUUAGAUGAUACACACAGACGCUGCUUUUAGUUUCAUCAUUUCCAUAAAUAUAAUAUCUAUUUUCUGACUAUUAUAAAUGUGUAAUAAAAUAAGAUCAAAUGAA